AGGUGAGAGGUGCUGGGCUUGCGACAGAGUGUGUGCGACGAACAUGGAGAACCUACUAACACGUGUGUUACUGAGUGCGUGUGCUCUCGCUCUUUUCUGCCAGUGUAUGACUGAAGGAGACGGUGAUGGUUGCACUCGUGGGUUUAUGAGUCUUGACAGAAUGGAUAGAUUACUGGGAAAUAUUGGGACCCAAGCAGUUGCUGACAACUUUCAAGUAAUAUUUCCUGAAGUUGGCUUCACAUGCAAUGGCAGUAUUCAGAGCUGGGUGUUUGGAGCCCGGUGGUUUGGACACAGUUUCUUCACUGAGCUACAGAUAUGGAGACCUACUGGAAAUGGAUUCUACACUAAAGUUGGAUACACUACAAUCAAUACUACCAGGAGUAAAUACAGCACUCUAUGAGUACCCCCUCUCCCUUCCCCUGGCCUUCCAAGCUGGGGAUGUUCUAGGAUACUACCAGCCCCAGCCUUCUCUGAGUCACUUGAGUCUUCUGUUUGUACGAGACGGAAGAGAGAAUCAAGUUGGAUACCUGUAUUCCAGAACCGGUCCAGCCAGUUUGCUGAAUAUCACUUUAGGAAGUAGGUUUAGCACAUUGCAGUUGUUUGUCAACGUAAUCACAGAUCCUCCAGGUUGUGGGCGUGGCUUCAUGAGUGUUGAAAGAAUGAGACUUUCCCUAAACCUGGACUCUGUUUCACCCAUUAUGUACACCAGUCAACGUCAGCAGGUGUCACCAGAAACGAGGUUCACAUGUGAUGGGAACAUUACCAAAUGGAUCAUUGGAGCUGACUAUGGAGGGAAUGACAUCCUGUAUCCUGAGCUACAAGUAUGGAGAAAAGCUGGAGAUGAAACAUAUGAAAAGAUUAGUGGAACAUUUAUUCAGGCUCCAACAUCGGUGAAUACUAGGAUUUAUGAAUAUGAAGACUUUCCUCAAUUCCAGUUAAGUCUGGAAGACAUUCUGGAAUAU